AUGACCCAGGGACGGCGCCGGCAACUACGUGCCACAUAUCCAGCGGCUCAUUCUCAUCCCGUAGUAGAACUAACCGUGGAGACCGGGAUUGCAUAUCCGCAUCUCAGGCUCUAUCCAGCAGUGGAUCCCUUCAGCCCAACGUAUACCUUGGAGGCCAAUCAUGAUUUUGGAGGUGAUAAGGUGAUUGGAGAAGAUAUAGAUACUCGGGUACUCGGAGAGUCUCCUGCUAAUCACUUCGCAAGGCAGACUGCCGGCCAACUCGGUGUAGCAGACUCAGAACACAAGGGGAACCUGUUGUCCCCCGCUAGCUAUCUGUCGGGCUUGCCGAAGGAUUAUCCUUCGGUCACACCGUAUCCUGCAGUCUACCCCUGGAAUCUGGACGAGAUCUACCCAGCUGCUAGCCAAGCAUCAUUGAUACGCAUGGAAAAUACCAGUGAUACUUAUGAUGCGCACUAUCCGCAUCUCACUCUCUAUCCUGCCGCAUAUUCCGCCAGCUCGAACGAUAUAUAUCCAUCCGUCAUCCCAGCUCAGCUGCGGUGGACUACGGGGUCGAGGUUCGCAGACCUCUCCGUCUCUAUGAAGCUUCGUGUGACGUAUCCGAUCUUUGAUUUGUAUCCGCCAUUUACCCACACAACGUGUUAG